AUGAAGAGCGUGACGAGAUUGUUGGAGCCUGCGCUGCAUUCGCUGGUAGGAGGUAGCACACACCACCUAUUGAAGCACCUGCUGAGUAUUGUCUCUUUGCAUUCGAUAGCAUCUACGCGGUCGCUCCAUGAACUCGACAAGUCGUCCUUUCCCCUCCCCCUUCUGGGACAGAAGCUUGCCGCCAUCCGUGCAAGUCUCCACGAUGACCUCGGAAUAGCUGUUUUGCGCGGGUUGGACCCAUCAAUCUGGUCGAUGAGGGAAACCUUUGUCGCGUUUGCCGGGCUCUCAAGCCAUGUCUCAAGAGAACGUGGACGGCAAGCCGGGAACAAAAUGAUUGGUAUUUUGGAUUCCAGGACCCCGCUGCCCCACCUCAACCACCAGCGCUAA